AAAAAAGAGAGAUAAAUGAGCUAGUAAUGUUGAUCAAAUUAGGAAAAAAGGAGCACUUUAAGGAACCUCUGUACACAUUAAGGGCAUCGUGUGUAUUGAAAGAAAGUAGUGAAAAACUCAGGAAAAAUAAAAAUAAAAAAUGUGGUGGGGAUAUAGUGCUCCAUUAGACUUACAAUGUGAAAUUGAGGAAAAGGAUGAUACAUCUAAAAAAUCUCUUGAGGUAUUGAUCAUAGGUGCUUCUGAUGCAAGACAUAUUGUAAAGACAUUAGCGUCCUCUUAUAAACACUCUGAUCGUAAUAUAAUUUAUCAUAUAAUUGAACCAACGAUGGAACAAAUUGCUAGAUCAAUACUUUUAUUAAGCACUUGUUUGGAUAAAGACUUAGGACUCCAAGAAGCAACUCGAUAUUACUUGGAAAUAAUGGGAAAUACACUUUUAAGACCCGCUACCGCUAAAUAUUUGGCAAAACAUUCGAAAUUAUUAGCAGAUACUGUAACUCAAACCAUCGAUUGUCCUUGGCUAAAUCUGGAAAAGCUUAAACAUAAGGACAGAGAUCAGUUAGAAUGGAUAUUUAAAUUUUGGGAACGUGCUACGCGUGAAGGUGUUCCAAUUGUGGAUUAUUGGGACAGAAGAAUUAGAAAAUCAUUAAAAACACGAUACGACUACAGAGAUGGAGUUUUUGAUUGGGACUAUCACAUGAUAUUAAAACCAAGAGGUCAUAUGAAUUUAACCAUACAUGAAUAUAGAUUUUGGAGAAAUAAUGGAAUAGCGUUCACUUGGAUAGAGGGUGAACCUACUAGAAGUAAUCCAACACUUUUAAAUAAUAUCGUUCCUCUUGGAGAGGGAUUUUUGCAUUAUGCUUAUUUAGGAGAUAUAACUAAUGGACCCUUUUUUACAUGGGCUUUAAAUGAAGAUAAAGAAAAUAAUGUAAAGCUCAGAGCGACUGAUAUAGCGGAAAGAGAGAUAAUGCGUGUUAUUCAUGAAAUUAGAACGAAGGAACCUUUUUGCGAAGAACUCGUCGCUGCACAUAGAGAUCAGUCUGUCUUAAAUGGUAUAAUAAUAACAGAAAUGCCAAGUUCUGAUAUAGAAUAUGAAUCAUGGGUUAAAUGCAAUAAGUACAAAAAACAAAGCGUUCCUUGGAUAUCUAUUCCUAAUACGAAGGUUUUAUUUCACCCAUUGUCGACGUUGGAACUAUUUAAAAAUAGAACAGAGUAUAAAGAGAAAUUUGAUGCAAUUUGGGUAGCACAUAAUAUGACUAAACAAUUACCAAAUGUAGUAUCAUCGUUAAAAAAAAAAGGACAUAUAUUAAUUGAAUUACGUAAAUACUUAAGUGAAUUACGUAAAGAGGACUUGGACAAUUUUACCCAAGAAUUAAAGAACAUUACGCAAGAAUGUGGACUGAGAGAAUUAAAAAAAUUUCAUUCCGAAAGUCAUACUAUAGCAACAUUUUGCAAUAAUUAAUAAUAGUUGUAAUAAAAUAUUUCCUAACCUAAAUCAUAAAUUACAUCUAAGAGAAAUGAAUAUAACAUUUAGUCUUGACAUGUCUCUAUUUUUUUUUU